AUGGUCGAAGACACAUCCAGUCUCGACAAAGCUGCGUGGGAGGACUUUGACGGACAGAAAACGGAAAGUCGCCGCAAAGACUCGAUCGGCCGUUCCUUUGUCACCAAAGCAGAUGGACGAAAUCGAGGGUUGUCCAUCAAUCAAGAGACCCCGACCGAAUCGGGAGGUCUGGAUGUAAUGCAGAUGAGCAGCAGGGGCACGAUUGAGGUUGAUUCUUCGGCCAUGGAAUGGCCGCAGCAUCAACCUUCGUUACAGUGUGACGAGACGGCCCACACCAGAGAGGACCUUCCCGUAGCUGAGGGUGCUAUUGUUCCAGCCACAUGGAGAGACGAUCAACAAUGGUGGGACACUGUUCAGUUUCGCAUACAGCAGACUGUGCGACUCUGGCAGUCCAUCGCACCCACUCUGUCCGCGACCCUCGACUCAGACAGGCUGGAGAAAAUGGUCCGCUGCCACCACAUGACCUUCUCCGCAGUCUGCUCAGUGAAGAAAGCCGCCACCACUCGAGAGUCGCAGGAGGAAGCACUAAGAUUUGAACAGCUGAUGAGGAAAGGUUGCAAAGCUUUGCAAGCGAACAAAGUCAAGGAAGCUUUCAAGCUGUUUGACGAGGCCUUCUCAUACCUGAAGCCAAUUCUGAUCUUGCAAAAUAUCCGCGGGCAGCCGAUGUUGUGCCGCCUUAUUGCUGAAUUCUCUGGGCCGCUCUUCGUGCCGCUGUGGCACCGGGUCUACCAGUAUAUCAUUGGGCUUGCAGAAGUGUUGGUCAGUCCAGACAACCCGUUCGGACAAAGUGCGGAUUUGUUUAUUCGAUCGCCACUCCCGUUGGCUGACGCGUCAGAAAUGGUCCUUCGGUGUAUCCUCGACGUGGUGCAGACACAACUCGGAGUACUGCAUCCAGAUGCCAUGGAUUGCCUGGAGUGCCUGGCUUGGUGUCUGUUUGAAAGGGGUCGUGAACAGGAAGCUCUGGCCCGCUUUGCAGAGCUGCUACAAAGGCAGGAAUCCGCCAGGGGCCCCAUGUCUCCCGAGGCAUGCGAUGCCCUUCGCGGACUUGCUGAGACCCAUGUGCGGCUGGGUGACCUCGACACGGCUGAGGACAUUUUUGACGAGGUACUUAGUUGGCGAAGCUUGAGGGGCGGCAGGACGAACCCACAGGUGACGGCAGUCAGGGUCAAGUGCUUACUUUCGCUGUCUCUGCUUGCCGAGCGAAGGCAGAAUUCGUUUCGUGCUCGCUGGCUGUUGCAUCAAGCCGCUCAAACAACAUCCUUGGCAUUCGGAAAAGAUGGUCAGAUGGCUGCAGAAGCUGGGGUCGACGCGAAGCCUCUGGGACCGGAUCUACGAGAAGAAGUCAGGAGGUUGCUGGACACUGUGGAGUCGUGGUCGCUAGAUUGA